UAAGUGCCACGGCUCAGCAGCGCCGGCCCAGUCUGCGGGCCUCCGGGGCGACGGCGGGGCCGGCGAAGCGGGGCAGGCGGCGGAGGGGACAAGAUCCGGGCAGGAGGGCAGCGGGCGGCCGGAGAGCCCUGCGCACGCACGAGAUGCUGUCGUGGCGGCUGCAGACCGGGCCGGAAAAGGCCGAACUGCGGGACCUCAACGCCCGGCUCCACGACUACGUGUGCCGGGUGCGGGAGCUGGAGCGCGAGAACCAGCUGCUGGAGGAGCAGCUCCGCGGCCGGCGCGGCGAGGAGCAGCUGUGGGCCGAGGGCCAGGCGCGCUUCGCCGAGGAGGCGCGCGGGCUGCGGGCGCAGCUGGACGCGCUGAGUUGGGAGACGGCGCUGGCCGAGGGCGAGCGCGACGCGUUGCGGCGGGAGCUGCGGGAGCUGCGGCGGCUGGGCGCGGAGGAGAGCGCUGCCCGCGGCCGCCUGGACGCCGAGCUGGUGGCGCAGCGGCGGGAGCUGCAGGAGGCGCUGGGCGCGCGCGCCGCCCUCGAGGCGGUGCUGGGCCGGCUGCAGGCCGAGCGCCACGGCCUCGACGCCGCCCGUGAGCGCGCCGUGCGGGAGCUCCGCGCGCGCGCCUCCGCCCUGACCGUGCACUUCCGAGCCCGCGCGCGCCCCGCCGCGCCCCCUCCGCGCCUGCGGGAGCUGCACGGCAGCUGCGCGCUGCUGGCGGCCGAGUCCUGGCGGGAGAGCGUGCAGCUGUACGAGGACGAAGUGCGCGAGCUGGAGUUGGCGCUGCGACGCGGCCAGGAGAGCCGGCGAGAGGCCGAGGAGGAGGCGCGGCGGGGCGCGCAGGAGGCCGAGUCGCUGCAGCGCCAGGCCCUGGAGCUGGAGCAGCUGCGCGUGCGGCUGGAGGAAGAGCUGCGGCGGCUGCGCGAGGAGCACGGGCUGCGGGCCGAGGAGCGGCAGAGGGUGAUUGACUGCCUGGAGGAUGAGAAGGAGGCCCUCACCUUGGCCAUGGCUGAGAGACUGAGGGACUAUCAGGAGCUUGUGCGAGUGAAGACUGGCCUCAGCCUGGAGGUGGCGACCUACAGGGCCUUAUUGGAAGGAGAAAGUAAUCCAGAGAUAUUAAUCUGGACUGAGCACAUUGAAGACGUACCACAAGGUAAAUAUUUCAGAAAUACAUCCUAUCGAUAUACUGACUCAGUAUCACAGAAAAAUGAAAGAAAUCUAUUUCCAAAGCAGAAAGCACCUUUUGUGGCUUUAAAUCACAGCUCAACUGCAUAUUCUAAUGGGUACCUUGGAUCUCAGACAACCAUGCCUAUUGGAAAUACUGCCAGAAGAGGGUUCCUGGCCUCAAGAUAUUCUGCCUCAGCCACUACCCGGCACAAAGAUGUUUAUGAGAAAACUGUCAACAGUCAAACCAAUUUCCAGACUUUCUCUCCAACCAGAGGUCUUGUAAGAAAUACCGAUGCUCAAGUGAGAACAUUUCCUGAUAGAGCAAAAACUGUAGUUACAAGUGAUGCCCCCAUGUACUUAACCAAAGGUUCCACUGUCAUCCAAGAGUCAUGCCGAGAUCGCUGGGACAGUGUGACAGCAGAUGCCUCGGAGAGCACUCGGUCAAAUGAGAGGACCAUCAUUUUGCAAAAGAAAAUAGAAGCGAAAGCCACAAGGGAGCAAGAGAGCGACAGAUCGGGACCCAUCAAAAUGAAGCCAGAAGAGAAGAUGUUUGAUUCAAAAGAGAAAGCCUCAGAGGAAAGAAACUUAAGAUGGGAAGAACUGACAAAGUUGGAUAAAGAAGCAAGAAAGAGAGAAAGCCAGCAGAUGAGGGGGCAGGCCAAAGGGCAAGAGUCACUGAAGGAGAAGACUGUGAAGGACAAGGAGAUACCCAUUAGUCUAGAAGUGUCCCAGGGCAGCAGAUCAGAGGUGUCCCCAAAAGACAUACAGACACCCAGAAAGAAGGCUGCUGGUGACAGUAAGGGUAGCAAAGCAGCAGCGAGAGAGACCAGGUUCAGGCUGGACACCAGCGACACUGCCAGCGCUCUGCAGGGCGACUCCAUGACAGAAACCAUAGCAGAAAACAUUGUUACCAGCAUCCUUAAGCAGUUUUCCCAGUCUCCCGAAGAGGAAGCAUCUGCCAACUCUUUCCCCGAUACAAAAGUCACUUACGUGGAUAGGAAAGAGCUUCCGGGUGAAGAAAGGACAACAAAGACAGAGAUAGUCGUGGAGUCGAAACUGACAGAAGAUAUCGAUGUUUCUGAUGAAGCCAGUCUGGAAUACCUUUUAAGCAAGGAUGUCAAGGAAGUGGGGCUGAAAGGGAAAUCAGCAGAGCAGAUGAUAGGAGACAUAAUCAACCUUGGUCUGAAAGGAAGAGAGGGCAGGGCAAAGGUUGUCAACGUGGAGAUUGUGGAAGAGCCCAUGAGCUAUGUAGGAGGCAGGAAGACAGAGGAGCUUUCCAGCCCCUUCCAGGUGGAGGAGGUUGACGAUGUGUCUCCAGGCUCCAGGGGGCUUGUUGAGGAAGAGGAACGUGAUGGAGAGAGCCAUGUCACAUUCUCAGUUAAUCAGCAUCAAAGGACCAAGCAACCUGGGGAGAACGUGACUCAUGCGGAAGAAGUGUCAGAGGCAGGUGACUCGGAGGGAGACCAGAGUUAUUUUGUGUCGACUCCAGAUGAGCUCCCGGCAGGGCAUGACAGAGAGGAUGAAGGCUCGGUGUAUGGGCAGAUCCACAUCGAAGAAGAGUCCACCAUCAGGUACUCCUGGCAAGAUGAAAUCGUGCAGGGGACCUGGAGAAGGAGACAGAGGGACAGCGAGGCAGGAGAGAGGGACGUGCAGGACGUAGAUGUUCCAGCACAUUCCCCAGGGGGCGACAUGGGCUCUGCCCAUUGGAAGGAGGAAGCUAGUGGUGAAUUUCAUGCUGAGCCCACGGUCAUUGAGAAAGAAAUCAAAAUACCACACGAAUUGCACACGUCCAUUAGGGACACCUUCUCCAAGGAGCCCCGAGAGCAGCUGGCAGAAGUCAUCGGGAAGCUGGAGGAAACCCUCCCAGAGCGCAUGAAGGCAGAGCUGUCCACCCUGACCAGAGAGGGCCAGGGUGAGCCAGGGAGCGUCUCAGUGGACGUGAAGAAACUCCAGACCACUGGCGGCAGUUCCGUGACCCUAGUUGCUGAGGUCAACCUCUCCCAAACCGUGGAUGCUGAUCAGUUAGACCUGGAGGGGCUGAGCAGAGAUGAAGCCGAUGAAAUAGAGAAAGCGGUGGAGUCGGUGGUACGAGAGAGCUUGAGCAAGCGACAAGGCCAAGCGCCUGGUAGCCCGGACAGGGAAGAUGGUGGCGUUUCCUUCAAGCGCUGGGCCACCAGGGAACUGUAUGGCACGGCUGGAGAGGGGAACGAUGCCGGCCAGGCCUCUGGCAGCCCGGAAGAACCCACUGCCCAGGGCCCUGUGUCGGCCACGGUGGAGGUCAGCAGCCCGAGGGGCUUCAUGCAGUCACACGUGCUGGAGGACUUAAGCCAGUCUGUGAGGCACAUUAGACUGGGCCCCACUGAAGUCUGGAGGACUGAGCAAGUCCCCCACAGAGGACCCACUGGCGAGGUGGUGGAGGUAAGUGAGGACCACAGCCAGGCAGCCAGCGUACGAGGAGCCAGCCAGUGUGCGAGGCACUUUACCGUGGGUCCCAGUCAAAGUCAAGUGCCCACACAAGUUAUCUUCCAAGGCCCCGACUCUGCCUGGCAGGAGGCAGGGGGCACAGAAGAGCCCGGCCUGGCAGAGCUGUCUGCAGACACUGACAGAGGGGGGAGGCACAGCACAUUUGGUGCCCAGCAGUUUCAUGCUGAAAAGGAAAUUAGUUUUCAGGGCCCUGUGUCCGGGGCAGUGAGGGCUGGGGAUUAUUUUGCAACCAAAGAGCCAGUGAGUUCCCAGAUUUCUGUAUGGCACCUCCAGCUUAGCCCAAAAGAAGGGUUGAGGGAACAAAUCCAGUUCAUAGUGCCCCCCCCAGACAAAGCAGAGGGGAGCACCAGAGGGGGAUCUGUACACACUGCAGAGCUGCCAGGGCCCAUUGACAUCAGGCCUCAGGGGCAUCAAGCCACCGAGCAGGUGGUUCCCCAGUCCAUGGUGUCCAGCACCUCACAAGGCACUGUGCACAGGGAGGGCUCCACAGAUGUGACCCAGGCCACUCACAGUUACACUUCCGGUAGGAAAAUCCUCAUGACUGAAAAAAGCACAUUCCAGAGGGUGGUUUCUGAAUCACCCCAGGAGCAUGAUGCAGGGGACAUGUCAGGGGCAGACAUGACAUCAGGCGUUAGCAGAUCCUUCAGGCACAUUCAGCUAGGCCCUACAGAGGCCAGAACCUCAGAACACAUUGUCAUCCACGGACCCAUGUUCAGGACAUUUGCACUCGCUGGUUCACAGGAGCCCGCUGAGAUAGGCGAGCUGGCCGACAGCAGCAGAACACUAGGACAGCUUGCCCUGGGGCCCAAAGAAACUUCCUUUACCUUUCAGAUGGAUGUGAGUAGCAGAAAGGCUGCCCCCACCUGGACACAAGAGGCAGGGACGGAAGCGGAAGCUCACAGUGUAUCUGACCAUGGCGCCUGGAGAGACGCUGGCAGUAGGAAGGACUGGGCAGCUGGCGUGAGCGCUCAGGCCUCUGCUUCGGAUGAAGCACACCAAGAGGAGGGCACGGAGCAAGCUAGGUUUGAUAAGACGGUGCAGCUGCAGAGAAUGGUAGACCAAAGGUCGGUGAUUUCAGAUGAAAAGAAGGUUGCUCUCCUCUAUCUAGACAGUGAGGAGGAGGAGGGUGAUGGACAGUGGUUUUGAUAAGCAGAAAGAUUUCAUCUUAAGUAGCAUCCUACUUGGUAACAAACCAACAGGUAAAGGCCUUAUUUUAUGGAGUAAGGGAUGUUCACCUCAAAGCUUCUCCUGUUUUACUUUCGUUAGAGAACUCCAGGCAGUGAUAAUAUAUUUGAAUCUGUAAAGGUUUGAGGUGAAUUUGUGCCUUUAAAGGCUGGGGAGUUUUAUUUUUGAGAUGUGACUUUGACGAAAAACACUUUAUCUUUUUAGUCUUAAAAAGUUCCUCUUUCUGAAGUUUUCGCUCCAUGUGUGGAGGCGAUUUCUACCAGUUUUGCACCUGGUUACAAACGUGGCUUGUAUCCGUUUGAAACUAUGAUUAAUUACCAACCGGCAAGAUGCUUAAACAUUAACCAGAUUAAAAUAAUAUAUUUAAGAAUAGAUUUUGUGUGCAUGUGCUAAGAUGAAAUAACAAACUAAAAUACAUUUUUCUUUCCAGAGUCUUUUCAAGACUCUAUAUUAAAAAAAACUAAAUGAUUUCAACUUUAGGAAAAAAUACCUAGCUAGAGAGUGAAAUUGCUUUCAGUGCUUGAAUGAAUUGCUUUCUAUGUGUAGCACUUUAAAGAAUAUAGUGUCUUAUUCAUGGAGAGGAUUUCAAAUCAGCAUGCCUGCUAUGUCUGCACAGGUUUCCCCCCACUGGACCCACAGGUGGGGGAAAUGAAGAUCAGGAAUCGCUUACAGUACCAUUUCUUUUGUGUGGUACUAGGUCACGGUAGUGCUCAGUCUGAAUAUUCUGUCUUGUUAUCACCUAAGCUCAGGAGCAGCCAGCUCCUGUCAGAACCCGUACCCUUGAGCCUCUCUGGGCCUUCACCCUUAGCAGCAGGAUGUUCAGCUUCACUGGAGGGGAGCAGAUGCUACAGACCACAAAGAGUGCGUGGAACUCGACUGCAGCUGAACUGGCAGGUUGGUUGUGGCAGGAAAACUGCAACUCGAGGUGGACUGUGCCUCCCAGAGAAGCUGUUCUUGACCCAUCACUCAUGGAUCAAAGGUCUUUCUGAGCUCAGAAUGAAGAAUAAGAAAGCAACAACCUCACAGAAGCGCUUUGCACUUUCAACAGAAAUCCUGGCAGUGGGGCUGUUCCGUCCAGGGAAACAUGCAAUGUGUUAGACAGAGUGAGGUGUCUGGAGAAAGGAGCUAGGUACUUUUCCUGCAACCCAGCACUGGAGGGUGACCAAGGCCCCACUCCUGGGCCAUGCAGUGUGGACCUGCAGGUGUACACCACUGCAUUUAAGAUAUUAGGGUGAGCUUGUCUGGAUUUGUUUUAUUUCACACAUGGGUAUUGUCUCUAAAGCUCCCAUCUCUAAAGGUGUGGCGUCACAUAGGGAUAGCAUCUCUAGCAGCACAGUGUUCUUGUAGCCCACAUCAGUUGCUUUCAAGGAUGCUGCCUAAGCUGUGCUUCCUGUAACAGCUCAGUAGACCCAACUGUCAGGUUCCGAGGAAGAAGAAUCCGAGGUGAUGCCACCUUCAGGUAGGUUCUGACGGUGGCGGGGCACAGUGUGGGACGAUCUUCCAGCACCCUCUAACAGGGUUUGUGUCUGGGCCCAGGAACCACUACAGCAGAUAGGCCAGGGAGAAAAUUUUCUUAGCUGAUGAAUGGAGGAGAAUUACAGUGUACCUCUCAAGAUGAUGUGGUUUUAAAAAACACCUUGAGUCAGGGUAUAGAAAGGAAGUUGAUACGAAUUGCAACCUUAAAUCUUUGUUAUCCAUCUGCCAGACAAACUAGUGACUGUCAGACAGGUAGACAGGUGACCACUUGUUCAGGGGCUCCUUAUUUCUCCUACAGUCAGAGAUGUGAUGUAUUUUUACAGCGACAGGCAAUGGUAUUUGUCUAAGUGAUUUAUUAGGAUUUGGCCAAGGUGACAGUCUCCUAUUUGAUGACAAGACUAUGAAUCUAAGUGGGCCUAGCUGAUGUCUCCAUCCUAGCCCAUGAGCUUGUGAAUGGAUGCUGAUGUGAACAGGUUAUUACUAUCAUGACCCAUUUCACUUACUUUGGAAAAGAAGCAUCUUAGAUUUUAAUUUUCCUCUCUACGUUGGAAUGCAUAUCUGCCUGAAGCAUUCACCACUGAGGAUUGAUGAGUUGUCAUCGGUUCAAGUCUCUGGGUUACCCAGGAGCAAGGCUUGCCUUUGUCAUGCUGGCGAGUUGAGUUGCCCCCUCAGCUCCUUUCAAUAAAACCAGUCACUCUGGAGGCGAGAGAAAUCAGUGUUGUGGUUGGACAGGGCAGGAACAGCCACUGUUGCCCUAUUUAGGAUUAUUUAGAGAAAGCAGUAUUCAUUGAAUGUUUGUCAACUUCCCGCUGUUUGACAGUUUAAGAUGUCUACGUAGAAUGGAAUCAUCUAAGAAGCUGAUUUGGCUAACCUGUUCCCUCAAAGGGAAAUGUCACAAUGUAUAGAAAUAAAAAUCUGAGGAAAAAACCCCACAUUGUUCCUAAAGAGAAUGAAUGUUUCCAGUCAACUUUGGUGUGGUUUCUUUUAAACUCUAAAGCAAAUGUGAGUUUUUGUGCAGGUUUUUAUGAUGGGACAGAAUUACUGGGAAAAAUAUAUAUGAAAGUUGCCAUCCCCUUACUCCUCCCUUGAAUCAGAACUCGAUAUCAUCGACCCAGAA